UAGUAGGAAUGGCGGCUAUGAUCACUAGAGGAAGGAACCCAAAGACCCUGAAACUUUACGUCUAACGGCCCCGCAGAGGAAUUUGUUUCCUACGAAACGCAGAAGCACCGUCCCGUAACGGUUUAAAGGGAGAAGAAGGGCUAUAACGUGAAAUUAACGCGGUAGAUGCCCGGGCUGUGCGACUUGCUAGUUAGCUUAACGUUAGUGCAACUGACUUUGAAUCAAGGUAGCUGUUAGCUCGCUGCUUUACUAGCCAGCUGUUGGCUGCUUGUCUUGGCUGGCCCAACAAGUUAACUAAGUGAUUAACUGUAUGAAAGCGUUCCGUAUUUGAGUCGUGAAGUGAGGAUCGGCUCUCUUUGUCAGCGACUAAUAUUGGGGACUUUUACAGAGAGCGGGAUCAGACGACAACAAGUCCACUCGACGCGUUGUGAACAUUAUUAUUCCUGCUAACCUCUACGUUAGCUAGUGCACUAACGCUAGCUAAGUUGGGAUCCUGAAGUCUCGCCCAUUUUUGGAUCCUGCCCCAGCCAUUGGCUAAGGGCUAAUCAACAGCCAACUAGUCUGGUUUUCAGGUCCGAUUGGUACUACGAUGGAAAGUCUAACGCUGAGUGAUGUCGAACAGAAAUAUUACUCGGAUUUGUUCGUUUACUGCGACACGGACAACACCAAAAAAGUGGCGUCCAACGGGAGAGUUCUUGACCUUUUCCGGGCGGCCCAGCUACCCAGCGAAGUUGUCCUGCAGAUCACAGAGCUAUGUGGAGCCACUCGCCUGGGUCACUUCGGGAGGAGCCAGUUUUACAUCGCUCUCAAGCUCAUAGCCAUCGCCCAGUCCGGGCUGCCUCUGAGGGUGGAAAGCCUCAACUCGGUCAAGGACCUGCCGCUGCCCAGGUUCGUGGUGGGGAAGAACGAGGCAGAGGCCAGGCAUGCAGCGCUGUACCAGGACACAGAUAGCCAGGGUUUGUACCCAGCCUCUGCUACUGCAGUAAUACCCAGACCACCAGGCAGGGGACACCAGAACAAGAAAGGUCCCCCCUCCUCCACUUCACUUCCUGUCCAUGAGGUCAUCCAGCCCCUGGCUCCCACCAUAGAAUCACAGCCCGAACCAACAUCCCCGGUGGUCUCCCCUCACCAGUCCCCCCCCACCUCCCCUCACUCCUGGAGGAAACACAAGCGGCAGCACAGUGGAGGAAACGCAGACAGACAGCCGGUGGUGGCUGCAACUGGAGCCGUGUGGACGCAGUUCAGAGAACCACAAGCAGGCCCAGGGUCCGGUGAUGGCAUGUGGCCGUCCCACUCGCCUCCUCCUCCAGGUCAGGAAAGUUGGGUCAGUUUCACAGCAGACACCCCGCCAUCCAGCACGCUCCCAGCAAUGCAUCCCUCGUCAGUCCAGGAAAGCACAACGAUACGAACAGUGGCCUCAGCAGCAACGACCAAUGAGAUCCAGCGACAGUCCAGCGGCUACGAUGAUCCAUGGAAGAUCACGGACGAGCAGAGACAGUAUUAUAUUAACCAAUUCAAAACCAUCCAGCCAGACCUCACCGGCUUCAUACCUGGUUCAGCAGCAAAAGAGUUCUUCACCAAAUCAAAGCUACCAAUUUUAGAGCUGUCACACAUUUGGGAGCUGUCAGACUUCGAUAAAGACGGAGCGCUGACCCUGGAUGAGUUCUGCGCCGCCUUCCACCUGGUUGUGGCCAGGAAGAAUGGCUAUGACCUCCCUGAGAAGCUGCCUGAGAGCCUGAUGCCAAAGCUGAUUGACCUGGAUGACUCAGCCGAGGUCCCGGAGCCAGCUGCUGACGUUGGAUACUCGGGCUCCCCGGUGGAGGUCACCCCCAGCAAGUCUCCUUCUAUGCCUUCACUCAACCAGGCCUGGCCAGAGAUGAACCAGAGCAAUGAGCAGUGGGAGACGUUUAGCGAGCGCUCCUCCAGCUCACAAACUCUGACCCAAUUUGACUCUAACAUUGCACCAGCUGACCCUGACACAGCCAUCGUUCACCCAGUUCCCAUCCGGAUGACACCCAGUAAGAUCCACAUGCAGGAGAUGGAGCUGAAGAGAACUGGCAGCGACCACAACCACCCGACUAGCCCGCUGCUCGCCAAACCCCCAGAACUGUCAGAAGAAACCAAACUACCUGCCUCCAUGUUUGUAGCUGCCAACACUGUAGGUGAUGGUUAUAGCAGUUCAGACUCCUUCACAUCAGACCAGGAGCCAAUCACAAGACAAAGGUCUCAGUCGGGAACAUCUCCAGAGGCUCUGAAGGUGGUAGCCCCUCCUCCCCCACCACCUCGCCCUCACCCCUCUCACUCUCGCUCCUCGUCUCUGGACAUGAAUCGCACCUUCGCUGCGGCAUCAGCCACAGGACAACCACAACCGUCUACGAUAGCUUACCCACCCGCUGUGCCUCCUCGACCGCUACCUACACAGACAUCAGUACCACACACCGGGCAUCGUGUGGAGGCUGAGGCUGUACCGGGAGGCGGGGCAGUGCUCACUACCACCUCCCCCCAGCAGAUUCCUCAGCAGCCCAAUUUCGCCGACUUCAGUCAGUUUCAGGCCUUUGCGGCUUCUGAACAGCCCUCCAGUCUGCCGGAGGUCGACAAACACAGUGAGGCAGGACAGGUGGAUAAGGCACCAGAGGGAGCCGGCCCUUUGAGAACAGUGAAGAGCGAUGGCCAAGCAGAUGAAAGAGCCUCAACUGCUGUCAACUCUGUCAAAGGUUCGUCUGGUCCACUAGCUCCGCCUCCUAAACCUGUGCGUCGGAGGUUGAAAUCUGAGGAUGAGCUGCGACCGGAGGACGAGCAGCACGGUCCACAGAAAUCAAACGUCAUCGCUGCUGUCCUGGCCACUCAGCCCUCCAUCCCAAGGUCAGUUGGAAAGGACAAAAAGGCGAUUCAAGCUUCAAUCAGAAGAAACAAGGAGACGAACACAGUGUUGGCACGACUUAACAGUGAACUCCAGCAACAGCUGAAGGACCUGCUCGAAGAGAGGAUAUCUCUGGAGGUCCAGCUGGAGCAGCUCAGACCUUUCUCUCAUCUUUAACCAACGUGGGGACGAAAACUCGGCUGCAGUUCAUCUGAAGCAAGGCUGUGGGCCUCAGUGUGACUCCCCCCCUCCCUCCAUCCAUCUCUCCCUCCUUUUCUCCUUCCUCCCUGCCAUCAUCCCGGCUUUCCCUCGAGGCUCCGACCUGCCGCAGGGUGCUCCGUUAAAACUCUCAUGCUCAAUCACACACUUAUCAAUCAUAAACCGGAAGGACAUGAGAUCAGUCUUAACCAAGAGGGAGGAGGUGACAGGAGCGUGGGGGGGUUUUUACAAACUGGCACUUUUCAAUUUUCUCUGAAGAGAGGUGAAGGUGAGGACAACAGUGAACUGAGAAACGGUUAGGAGAAGCAGACGAGAUGCUGCAGAUGCUGGUGUCUGAUGACUUUACUCUCUGAACGACUGAAGAAGAAAUGCAGAGUGUGUGAGUCACCUGUUUGUGUGACUGUUUGCGUAUUUGUGUGUCUGUUUUAGUGACUUACAUGAGGCUAGCGUCGGUAUGUUUGUUCUCUCUUGGGGUACAGGCUCUGCCACACCAAAUCAAAAAUCAGGCAAAUUUAAAGGCAUGACUCAGCAUUUUGGAAGCAUGCUUAUAUGCUGUCUUCCUAAGAGCGAGAUGAGAAGAUCUGUAUCGAUCUUACAAGCGUUAAGUGCACAGGUGAAAUCUGCAAUUAGCUUAGCUUAGCAUAAAGACUGGAAAAUGGUCCAAAAUGCAUUUACGAGCACCUCUAAAAUUCACUUUGUUUCUCAUUUGUUUAAUCCAUACAAAAACCGAAAUGUAAAAAAACAGUAAUUUGUGGUUUUAGGGGUGUUACAUGCUAAAAGCUAUUUCAUCUAACUCUCAGAAAGAAAGUGAAUAAAUAAUAUUCCCAAAAUGUUGAACUAUUGUCAUCUUGCCUCUUGGCAUGACUUCUUUCCUACUGCCAUGAACACGCAUAUAAAACUGGACAAAAACAUUUCUGCUUUAAAUCUCAUCAAAGGUGGUUUGUUCCACCAUUUAAAAAAAAAAAAAAAAAAAAAUAGAUCACAGAAACAUGCUUCAGCACAUACAAGAGGCUUUCAAAGUCUGUAGAAAGUCUAUAACAGGCUAUUACUCCUGCCAGUAAGCAAGGAAUGCAAAAUUGACAUUUUUUUGACUGGAAUUUGGUGUGGUUGGGCUCCCCGUAAAACAUAGAGGGCUACCUCUGGACAGGACUCUUGUGUGUAUGUUUUUGUGAUGCCUUUACUGGCUAAAUCAUCAUGGUGAAGGCUUUUUUGACUCAUCCUGUGACAUAAAUUCAGCCCUUAUCCUCCUUCUUACUGCCCCUUGAAGUCUACGUGCGUGUGUGUGUGUGUCGGCAUGAUGGGAGGAAUGAAUGCUUUGUCUUCUGUUUCUUUUCUUCACGUUACACAGUGUUUGGGGAUUGAUGUGACUGAAUGGUUUAACUUUAAUGCCAAAUGACUGAACGAUGACUCUGCUCUCUCACCUCUACAUGGGCUGUGUUUUAAAGAAAAAAAAAAAUGCAAGACCUCUUUCCCUUUCCUACAGGUUUUUCUUUAACAUAGCUGUGGCUCAACAUUUCAGCUUUCCUUUAAACCUCGAGUUCUUGACUCCUGAGGUUAUUUUCUGUCUUUAACUUCACCUAAGUUUGAAAGCAUUUAGUCAAAGCAGACAUUCACGUGAAGGGUUUGAAGAUUUUUCAGCUGCGUGACUGCAGGUGGCGGCAUUUUUAUGAAGAAUUGUGUUGCUGAUCAAGAAGAAGUUUUCCUGUGAUUUUUCCGCUCAGCCAUCACACGUGCACAGAUCCGAACCGAUGGUGCAGAUAGAGUUGAUACUGAUUUGAAAAUUCAGCUGUUUUCCAACUGGGCCGUCGGCACUAUGCAAGUACGGGCGAUACAUCUCCACAGACCAACUCUAACUUAGCUGUUUGUACUAUGAUAGUAGCAACUGUGUGAACAGUACACUCUGGUUUUUGUAUCGUAGAUCUUCCAGAACACCAUCUACUGUAUGUUUGUGAUUCAGUUUGCCUUGUUUUGUUUUUUUUUUUCGUACUGACGAGCAGUCCACUUCCCCCCCAGCUCCCGGCUCCAGAGGGAAGUAAACUCCAGAUCAGUGUUUUAUCAGGGCAGUUUCACCUGAAAUCUGCAAGAUGAAGCUUAGCAGGACUACAGACGGAGACCAGUCAACAGAAUGGGAGACCUGAAUGACCCAACUGCACUUUGAACUUAACUCCCCGUUCUUCUUUGUUUCCUUUGUAUUUUUAUUUGUGACAUCCUUCCUUGACCUUUGCUUUCUUUUAACCUGCAUGUUGUUUUUGUCUUUCACGUGUAUUUAAAAAAAGAAGAUGCUUUAAGACGAAAAAAAAUGAACCACUUGAGUUUUAUUUCUUCUGUUCAACCUGGAAACUCUACGGUUUUUGUGCCAGUAUCCUAAAAUAUCAUGUCCUGUUUGGUUAAUUCUAAUUAUUGUUAUUAUUAUUAUUUUUUUUUAUAAAUGUUUUGUCCCUGGAGCUUCCUGCGUGUUGGUGACGAAUUUUGUCUUCUUCUAAAGCCUUACUCCCCCGACUGGCGUUCAGGUUUCCAAGGUGGCUGACUGACCUCUCUUCCUUGUUGUAUCAAGGCUCGCCUUCUUUUUUCUGCUGUUGAGGACGAUGAUGUACUUGGUGUGUGCGUGCGAGUGUGUUAUAUUGUUUCCAGACCUGGAACUAAUACCAUUUAAAACCCUAUUAAACACCUUCAUGUGGGAUUGAUUUAUGUUUGCUAGCACAAUAGCUCCCUCCUCAUCCCUAAAAGGCAAUCCAGGCAGGCAGAAGCAAUCAGUCGUUAACAAAGUCUUUGAUGGGAUUUUGAAUGCUAUUUGCUCCCAGAUCUGUGUUGUAUAUUGUAUAUGAUACACACUUUUGGACUCAUAUGUAAAUUUGCAUUAAUUGCUGACUAACAGCGAAAGAAUAUUCUAUUUAAUUCCUUCUCUCUUGGCUGUGGGAUCCUAGAUGUUUAACUGCAUGGAUGUACUGUAUCUCUGCAGAGUCAACUAGCAGCUGUGUGAUUUUUACACAAAAAUAAAAACG